CAGCUUUUCAACAGGGUCCGAAGUCAUGCCAGCAGACGGCUGCUGGUGUCUGAAGUUAAUAUUGUACCACCCCGAGUUAGCCCUGACACCUUGCCAGUAAACACCUCCUCUCAUGGACUCCUACGUCAUUACCCUGUCGCCUCACUGUGCUGCUUGGGCCGGGGAGUAAAGUAUUUCAACAUGCACAUCAGCAGUGACUAGCCUUGUUCGUAGGCUAGCUCUUCAACAAAUGCUGAAUGGGCUGGACAUGUUUUAGACCCAGAGAAGAUGUCUUGAGGUUUUUUGUUUAUGAUGCCUGUCAAUGAUUCCGAGUCUCUUUUUUUACUUAUUCAUAGUCUUAGCUAGUAUAUUUGCUUCUCCCUGUGUUCUACAACAGUGUAACUGAAGUGAACUGAACAGCCUCUUCAACAAUCAGUGCAACCCAUUCUAGGUGUGACUGUGUGAGGCUGUCUGUCUUCGAGGUGUACCUGGGGCUUCUUGGCUGAGAACAGGAGAAAACCGCGUGAACAGAACAAGGAUCUGAGCAUGGUUCAUGCUGCGGCUAUGGCUCAGGGGAAGAAGAGACCAGCGGUCCCACCUCCUGAUGGGGGCUGGGGCUGGGUGAUCGUGGCCGGCUGCUUCAUGGUCACUGUUUGCACACGUGCCGUCACUAGUUGUUGGUUCUGUUCCCUGAACCGGUUCCAACCCCUGCUCACUGGACAAUUUCGGUAGGUAGCUAGGUAGAUGGCUUUCCAACUGAUUUUCCUUCUCCCCCUGACUGGUCACCAAUGAUUACUGGUCUUGGAACUCAUGUGUUCAUCAGAAAAGGCUUCUGGUAAACUGUUUGUCACUAAAUAUUGUUGCCACAGGUUUGCCACAGAUUCAAAUAGAAUCUUGAGAGAAUUGCUUGCCAGAAAAAAAACUCAAGCGAACUGUUUGCUGGAACAAAUACAUUUUUGUAGGUCUCCUCUAAAAUUUUGUUUUUCAAGGUUUCACGUUUCAUGCUUUGUUUCCCAGGUGAAGGGGGUUUAGUGAAUUGCGUUACUGAAAAAAAAUGGUUCAGUCAGAUGAAGACCUGUUGGGUGAGGGAUAAAGGAGAUUAUAAUCUCACAUUUCCAUAAGCCAAUCUUUUGUAUAGAUUAUAAUUGGAAAAUAUUUAAACAAGGAAGAACAUGUUGGAAUGUCCCUCCCAACAUUAUUCAAUAAUUAUCAAACAGCAACCUGGUCACUGAUUGUUGUAAACUGAUAAUGCCUGCCCAGAUUGUCACCUUGAACCUUUACCCGAUUGCACAUUGCAAUAUUAGGUCGGAAUUGGAAGGAAUGGGUGAAAUUUUACCAAGGGUUUGAGAGUAACCAAAGAUAAUAAGUCUAGGCAGUUCUGAUCCUCUACUUUCUUGAUAUGCAUAAGUGAUCCCAAGGUCCUUUAAGGUCUAGUGAGUGAGUUUAACCCCCUAAACCAGCUGUAGCGGACAGCGUGUGUAUACACGUUUGUGUGUGUGUAAGGAAACAGCAGUCUGACGGAGGGCCGCCCCGUGUAGGUCCCCACAUGUGCGUUCUCUGGCCAGUGCUGGGGAGGACAUGAGGAUCAGAUGGCCGUCACAUUCACACUGAGUGAUCUGGGCCUUAUCAUCUGACUGGUGCUAUUCCUCUGUUUGUACAGGUGCAGCCUCUCUGCAGAUUCGGACGUAGGAGCUUGUGGUUCAUUACCCCCCAAGCAGGCGUUCUUCCCACACGUCCCAGGCUUUUUACAGCUCUCCCCUCAGCUUCGUGAUUACACAAUUCAUUACGGUUGCAUCGCUCCCUCCGACCGCUCAGGUCAUCACCAUGUCUAGCUGGAAAAGAAUGCAUCUCAAUUUUUUUUGUGGAGUUUCAGAUGCACUUUGGUGGGGACUAUUCAGGGACAGCCUGGAUCCACAGUCUGGUGGACUGCACCACUAUGCUGUGUGCUCCUCUAGGCAGCUUCAUUGGGAACCGUCUCUCGUGCCGCAUCGCUGUGAUCCUUGGGGGCUUCCUGUCCUCCAUCGGCCUGGUCCUCAGCUCUUUCGCUACCAGCCUGGAGUACCUGUACCUCAGCCUGGGGGUCCUCACAGGUAUUGGAUUUUCCCUCUGUUACACCCCUGCCAUUGCCAUGGUGGGGUCAUAUUUCUGUGAGAGGAAAGCCCUGGCAUACGGGAUCGCCAUGUCAGGUAGUGGCAUCGGGACCUUCAUCCUGGCCCCUGUGGUCCAGCUGCUCAUAGAGCACUACUCAUGGCGCGGGGCCCUACUCAUCCUGGGGGGCGUUGUCUCCAAUCUGUGUGUCUGUGGGGCCUUACUGCGCCCUAUCACUCUGAAAGAAGAAGAGGAGGCCCAUUGUCCGGUCCCGUUAGAUACCGACUGUGGAUAUAGGGUCAAAGCUCAGUUGGUGAGCACGUUAGAGGAACCUCUGGCGAUUAACAACAGCAAAGACAGCCGCUGCUUCAAGUCUAUGCAGGAGUACCGCUUCCUGCUGAUGCCGGACUUCCUGAUGCUGGCGGUGAGCUUCUUGUUCCUAGCCAGCGGCUGCAGCCUGCCGUUCGUCUACCUUGUGCCCUACGCACUGGAUGUGGGCGUAAGCCACCACCAGGCCGCCUUCCUCAUGUCUAUCCUGGGGGUCAUAGACAUCGUUGGGAACAUCACCUUCGGCUGGCUCGUAGACAGGAGGUGCCUGAAGAAGUAUCGUAAUGUGUGCUACAUGAUUGCAGUGGGCAUGGAGGGACUUUGCUGCCUCUUCAUCCCUCUCCUGCGGACGUUCACCCUACUGGUGCCUUUCUCUGUGCUUUAUGGGUACUUCGAUGGCGCCUACGUGGCCCUCAUACCUGUGGUGACCUCAGACAUUGUGGGGACAACUAACCUCUCCUCCGCUCUGGGGAUUGUGUACUUCCUACAUGCCAUUCCUUACCUGCUCAGCCCUCCAAUAGGAGGCUGGCUAGUUGACACCACAGGCACCUACACGGCCACCUUCUUCCUCAGUGGCUUUGCCCUCAUCUCCAGCUCGCUGGUCAUCAGCACAGUGACUGGGAUACGCCACUGUCGCAGGACCCAAAAGCACAGAAAAAACAAUAGAGCCACAGAUUCCAAACAGGAUCCUUGUCAAGGCAGCCGAUCAGACUUCUACAUAGCCUCAAAGAAUUUGGCAGUACAUCCAACCAGCCUCACAACCGCAGACCACGUGUAACCAUGCCAGCCACAUCCAGCUUCUUCACAUGCGAGAUCGUCUGACACCAACCACCCGAACAGCUGAUGAAUCUGUGAGUUUGCACAACCAAAGAAUUUCUGCACAAACUGUCAGAAACCAUCUCAUGGAAGCUCAUCUGUAUGGUCGUUGUCCUUACCAGGGUCUUGACCUGACUGCAGUUCAGCAUCGCAACCGACUUCAGAUCCUGAGGCCCAAUUGUCAAGCCAUUCAUCCUCCCCCAUCACCUCAUGUUUCGGCAUGAUAAUGCACAGCCCCAUGUCGCAAGGAUCUGUGCACAAUUUCUGGAAGCUGAAAAUGUUCCCAGUUCUUCCAUGGCCUGUAUACUCAACAGAAAUGUCACACAUUGAGCAUGUUUGGGAUCCUCUGGAUCGACGUGUACGAAAGUGUGUUCCAGUUACCAACAAUAGUUAAAUAAAGGUUAAAUAAUUUAAAUAAAUAAAUAACAGUAACUUUGCACAGCCAAUGAAGAAAAGUGGGACAACAUUCCAAAACGCCACAAUUAACAGCCUGAUCAAGGAAAUAGGAAAUGGUGGUCACACAAGAUAAUGACUGGUUUUCUGAUCACGCUCACUUUUGUUUAAGGUAUCAGAUGCAUAUAUGUAUUCCCAGUCAUGUGAAAUCCAUAGAUUAGAGCCUAAUGGAUUUAUUUAAUUUUACUGAUUUCCUUAUAUGAACUGUAACUCUGUAAAAUCUUUGAAAUUGUUGCAUGUUGCGUUUAUAUUUUUGUUCGGUAUAGAACCUAAGAGUGUUUUGCUGUCCCCAUAAGAUAACCUUUUGAAUAGCAAUUUUUGGUUCCAGCGAGAACCCUUUUCAGUUCCAUGUAGAACCUUUUCCACAGAGGGUUUAAUGGAGUUAGAUGAAAGGGGAGGUGUCCUGGUAUCCUUGGAUUAAUUGCAAAGCCACCACUAUGUCAUUGUAGCUCAGUUGGUAGAGCAUGGUGCCUGUAACACCAGGGUAGUAUCUUCAAUUCCAGCGACCAUACGUAAAAUGUAUCCAACCAUGACUGUAAGUCCCUUUGGAUAGAAGCCUCUGCUAAAUGGAAUCUAUCACAAUUUAAAUGUAUUCUCUUACAAUGUCCAGAAGAAACCUAAGAAUUUAUGUUGAUAUUUCUUUAAAUAAAAUUAUUUUUUUUAAUCAAA